AUGGGAUACCAUGGAAUGCUGGCCGAAUUGAUACGAUAUGUCAUGAUGCGGAAACAUCAGAUGCGGAACGAUGCGAAGCAAAUGGAAGCGAAUCGAUACGAUGGGGAUACGAACCAGCACAAGAUUCUUCAUAGCCAGGGCCGCUGGAUUGUAGGAACAUUGUAUACACCGAUGAGACUUACAUUCACAGCACUCAUACAGUGCCCAAGUCCUGGGACGAUGGGACAAAUACCUGUCUGCAAGCACUACUGGUGGGGAAAAAGGGCUUUGUACCGAAUGCAGAUCUUCUCUUCAAAUCAGUUGCUGGAUACAAGCUACCCAACACUUUACCUUUACCUUCCUUUACCAUCGGUAUUCGCGGCAUCACCGGUACUACCAGUAGUGUCAUACUUCAGUACAGCUAAUCGAUAUACGAGACAAAUGGUAAUAAUAAGACGGGCAAAUAAAAGAAAACCGUCUCCGGGACCGGAGUCGAACCGAAGGAGCGCGAAAGUGGACAGCGAAGAGAUUUAUCCUGGAGUCCCUUGGGAGGUAGUGGGAUCGACUAAUCACAACAAACACGUCAAGGAAUCGACGUUUCGGUAG